AUGGCUAAGGAGAAGAAAGUGAAGGAUGAGUCGCUCUCGCCCUCGCCCCCCAAUAACGGUGCGACGGACGGCGAGGAGCAUGUGGACGCGCAGUCCAUCUCGGAUACCCUCCUGGCUCAGAUCGAGUCCAAGAUCGCCUCUGGUGCGCUCAGGCUGCCCGACAAAGACUGGGUCCGUUCUCUGGAGUACCGAAAGUCUGACAACAAAGGCAGGCCGCAUGAGCUGAAAACCCCCAUCAUGGUUCGCGCUGCUUGGGGCCAGGCCACUGGUCUUGAAGUUCCCAGGGCGUCGUGGUGCCGUUCUUGUGCAUCGGGCAGCGGAACAUUCGCCUCGUGUGUGAUUGCGGAUGAUGGCAAGAGGCUGCUGGCACAAGGCGCCUGCAUGAACUGCUUCUAUCAUGGGCACCAGGUGAGAUGCUCGUUCGUCGAUGAAAAUGGCAGCACCCCACGCUUCAUCCUCAACCACGCCAUGAAACUCGGCACCAGCGCCAGUGCUACCACUCCGAAGGCUGCUACUGAGACCUCCCCGUCCCAGAAGCGCAAGGUUGCUUCGGUAAGUAUUGCUUCGGCCAGAGUAACAUGUCCAUUUGCUGAAUCAGUCAUCUUCGAGGUUCCUGCCACUCCCAGCAAGGCUCAGAAAUCAUCCAAGACCACCACCCCCAAGUCGGCUACCAAGAGUGCUCGUAAGAGCAAGGAUGCGGACAACUACGACGACAUUGAUGACCUCGCUGUUCUGUUUGCGGCUCUGGGCGAGUUGGAAGAUGAUGUGGCUGCCCUCAAGCUGCGUAUCAAGAAGCUCCAACUGGAGAAGAAUGUGGAAGAGGUGUGA